UCACUGCGCCUCGCCCCGCCCCCGGCCGGCGGCGGGAAUCUUCCCUGGACGCUUCCCUGUCGAAGCGUCGCGCCUUCUGGGCUCUCCUAGGAAGCCAUAGUUUAUGACGCCAUGGCCGCCUCCUUGGCUGGACUCACGUUGCCCGCUGUCGUGGAGGAGCUCCUGAGUGAGAUGGCCGCGGCGGUGCAGGAGAACGCGCGAAUUCCUGAUGAGCAUUUAUCAUUGCUGAAGUUCAUCUUUGGCCCAUCAGCCAUUCAGGCCUUGGACCUUGUUGAUCGACAGUCCAUCACCUUAAUCUCAUCGCCCAGUGGGAGGCGUGUUUACCAGGUACUUGGAAGUUCUGGUAAAACGUACACAUGUUUGGCUUCUUGUCAUUACUGCUCAUGUCCUGCGUUUGCCUUCUCCGUGCUGCGGAAGAGUGACAGCCUGCUGUGCAAGCAUCUCUUGGCAGUUUAUCUUAGCCAGGUGACAGGGACCUGCCGACAGCUGAAGGUCUCUGACAAGCAACUGACAGACGUAUUAUUCGCAGAGAAGAAACAAAAAGCAUAAAAGGUAUAGAUUAAGCAUCAUUAUCUUUCAAAAUAGAAGUCCCACCAGGAAACACGUGGUUCAUGUGGAAGAGAGGUGAAAUAAUCUUCUGGAGACUUCUUGUUACUGUCCCUCUUCCCUCCUGGACAAGAGACUGUGAGUUGCAACCCAGGAUGUGUGUAUGGUUUGAAGUUCUGUACAGUUCUUCUGGAAAAUCAGAACCCGCCUGUGAGGACCUUGGAUAAAUUUCUGAGGUGGAAUCAAGCAUUUUAGACUCAAACAAACCCUAAUCUCUAUCACACCCUGUCUGCAAUUAGAUUAAGUUACUGAAGUACUUAGUAAUUUUUAAGAGGUUGGAAUGGUAGAUGAAACUGGUAAGAAAAAGUUUAGAUGAGUUAAGUGUUACUUCUUUUCUUUGGGUCCAGGGAAUCACUCUGCAGCAACAAAAGAGCAGAGCAGAGCUAUGGCUAAGCAGCAGCAACUAUAAAAAGACUCCGGGGUUUUAGUUUCACUGAGCUUUAGCUCCCGGUGGUGUUGCCAAAAAAGCUUACAUAAGCUGUAUUGUUAGAAAGGUGUAUCUGAAGCAAGGAAAGGGCUGGUUUUGCUCUGCGUGCAUUUCUGAGCUUUAUAAGAAGCCAAAUGAAGGAAGAGACAAAGUCAUGCCCUGAAGGAAGUAGAGAAACCACCAAGGAUUUCCAGUCUGAACAAGAAAAUGGAAAAGAGACUCCAAGAGGAGAGUUUUAGAAGGGAGGGAGAUGGGACUCGUCUGGACCCCGAGAGAGUGAGGGGUAAGGACAGAUGGCAGUGAAGAUGAGGCCACCUCAGCCCAGAAGAACUUCCUAAGGAAAGCCAUUCAUGGCCAGAACGGGAGCCUGGAAGGCCAGGCAUGCUGUCUGCGGGGCUUGCACACCUGCAGCUUCCUUGUGCAGAUAUUACAGCAGUGAACACACAGAGGGGAGAGAUUUUACGGCCCAGGAAACACGAGGUGCAGGUGCUGGAGAGCCGUGUGACCGGCUCACAGGUGGUGCAGCGUUCUCUGGUGGCCAGGGCCUUGGGUUCCGUGGAGGCGCAGCACACAAAAGCUGUCAGGACUUUCCUACUUGGGAAGCUUGGGCUGGGUAUAAACUUCUCCCUUUAAGCAGUCUUCAGAACAAAGAAUAGAAGGUAGAUUCAGCACCCUGAGCUGGUUUUUUAAGUUUUAUUUUUAUUUCAUGUCAUACACAUACACAGUUCUAGGAUUUUACUUACUAAAAUUUUCACACUUGGGUUCCAGCAACUUGGCCAAACGUCAGCUUGGUAGAGAACUAAAAAUCACUGCCUAACUCUAGAAGGGGAAGACGCAGUCUGGAAGAGGAGGGAUCGAUCCCAUUUCUCCAGUUUCUUCCUCUAGGGUAUGGCUUUGCAGUAUGCAGAGAAGAAUGUUAGGAAAAUUGUUAUCUGAUAUUCUACUUCAGAACUUAUUAGAGUGUCAUUUCCCCAAAUAAAUACAGCAGUUUCUUGACUGAAGAAUUAAACUUUUAAUUUUCCUGGUCACC